AUGGCAACUAUAUCGAAAAUCAACGAACUUUCUCCUCAUAGGAAUGGUUGGACGAUAAGAGUUAGAGUUUUGAAGAAAUGGUCUGAGAUGAUAGAUGGAGGUGGUGACAUAUUGCGUUUUCUUUUGGUAGAUGAUCACCUACACGAGGGCGACUGGAAAAUCAUCACUGGAUUUACCGUAGAGUUGUCACCUCCUGGAUUUCGUUUUGCUAUGAAUCACCAUACCAUCAUCUUCACAGGUAAUACUAAUCUGCAGAGGUCAUGGGGUGUCAUCACAGACCAUUACAUGAGUUUCAAGAACUUCCGGUCCAUAAUGAAUGGAGUAUAUACUUCCAACUAUCCAAUUGAUCUCCUAGGCUAUCUAGAUGGCGUUGGUGAAAUAGAAGUUGUGACAGACCACACCUUUACACUAGGUGAUAACAUGCAAACUUCAAGAGUAACAUUCACCAUCAAGGAUCUUGAGUAA